CUCUUGCGGCGGUGCUGUUGCACUGCAGAUGUUUAACUCUUUCCUCUCCUGCUGUUUGUGUCCUAUCAGUGGAAGAUGGCGACCAGAGUCCUUCAGACCUCCUGCUCGGGCCUAUAUCAGGCUAGAAACACGGGCCGGGCGAAAGGGCACGUUAAUGCUGUUAUCAGGGGUCUGUCAGCAUCUACUAACCGGAAUCGAGAGGACAGCUGGUUCAAAUCAUUGUUUGUGCGGAAGGUGGAUCCGAGAAAAGACGCUCACUCCCAUUUGUUAGCCAAGAAAGAGGAUAACAACUUGUACAAAAUACAGUUUCACAACGUGAAGCCUGAGUGUCUCGAGGCGUACAACAAACUCUGUGAUGAGGUGCUGCCGGCCAUCCAUAAUGACAAGCAUUACCCGUGUGAGCUGGUGGGCACGUGGAACACCUGGUACGGAGAGCAAGACCAAGCUGUGCACUUGUGGCGGUACAGAGGAGGAUAUCCAGCUCUUACUGAAGUCAUGAAUAAACUGAAGAAUAACAAGGAGUUCCUGGAGUACAGGCAGGAGAGGGGCAAGAUGCUUCUGUCCCGCAGGAAUCAGCUGCUGCUGGAGUUCAGCUUCUGGAAUGAGCCGGUGCCUAGAGACGGACCCAACAUAUACGAGCUGCGCUCCUACCAGCUGAGACCCGGGACCAUGAUUGAAUGGGGCAACUAUUGGGCGCGAGCUAUCGGCUACCGGCAGCACAACCAUGAGGCAGUCGGCGGCUUCUUCUCUCAGAUAGGAAACCUCUAUAUGGUCCAUCAUCUUUGGGCGUACAAGGACCUGCAGUCCAGAGAGGACACGAGGAACGCUGCCUGGCAACACGAGGGCUGGGAUGAAGUCGUCUAUUACACCGUGCCCCUCAUUCAGCACAUGGAAUCCAGGAUAAUGAUCCCACUGAAGGCAUCUCCGCUGCAGUAAUGAAUCCAUCAACUCCUCACCGUAACGUCCCCAUGAGCUAAAGGCCAGACCAAGACAUUUGAUACAUACACUGCCAUGAUCGACACUGUCGUCAUGAUGCCAACCAACUUCACACACUUGUUCUGAUCCGAAAAACUGUCCAAAAAUUGCACCAGCAAACCAAAUUGAAUUUGUAGGAAUGAAGGCAGUUACUGUACUUCACUAAGUGUUGAGAAUACUUCAAAUCAGCAUUGCUAGGCUUGAAAAAACACAGCUGUAGAUCUGUUGAAUAAAGUUUGUUGCUAUAUUUAAAGGAUAUGAAAGAUGGGCGGUAAAGUGCAUUGAAUCACCGUAAUACAUUGGCAGUGUAGAGCGUUAACCCUUUCCAGUGUGGUGGCCGAUAAAUCUUUGAUUACCAAUAUUUCAAAACAAACAGCAUGUAUGAAUGCAUUAGUUCAGUACAGACUUGGAUGAAUUGAAUAUUGUCAGAAAGCAUUUACUGUUCACCCUGUUGGGAAAACACUUUAAACUCGCUUGAGUGCUGCAAUAUAUUCAUGUAUUUAUUGCAUAUUUAUUUGCUGAAAAUAUAAACCCCCACAUGGAGAGGAUUUCAGGUUAUAAUAACGUGUUAUGAUGAAUACAGCAGAAUCUAUCCUACAUAUUCAGUUAAAACCCCUGGUCAUUAUGCAGAUGAGAAGAGUCUAUAUAUAAAUGCUCCAUACGUUUGUUGCUAAAAUAGUCCAAAAUCAGUUGAACUUGAAAAGGCUCAUUGGGGACAGGUUGUGUGCAAAAUUAACUUUUUUUUUUUAGUUGCUGUAUUUUAUUUGUGUUCUGUUUCUACAUAGACAUGCUUUUUACAUGCCUUUUUUGUGUUGUGAAAUGUCUCCAGUUCUGCUUUGAUCAGCAGCUCACUGACAGACUGAUUUCUAGAUUGACUUUGACUUUGUUUUCUGUGCGACCACGGCAUGCGUAAUCUACUGUACAUUGAUACUUUGGGAUUUAACAGCACAAAAUGUUUCAAAUCAAUUAAAUACUGUGUUCAAUAAAUCAUAACUGAUCAUUCUA